AUGUUCUAUAUAACGCCCACCCAGGUGAGUUGGGUUUACUGUUACUCAUCCCACGCCCCUUCUCACCUCCCUCAUCCCUCGCCCCUUCUCACCCCCUCAUCCCACGUCCCUUUUCGUCCCCUCAUCCCACGUCCCUUUUCGUCCCCUCAUCCCUCGCCCCUUCCCACCUCCCGUAUCCCUCGCCCCUUCUCAUCUCCUUGCUUGUCAUGCCCUUUCUCAUCUUCCCUUUCAGGCUCUGGAAAGGCUCUGGAGAAGUUUGCAGAGAACUCGUCUGCCAACCGGUUCAGGCUGGGCGGGCUUGUGAAGGAGGGCAGUCGACUCUCUCUGCUCCCUCUCCCUGCACCUCACCUCACCAGUGUGCGCAUUCCUGCUGGAAGCAUUGAGAUGGAGUUUGUUGUCACUGACCUUGCAACCGAUAUUUUGGUCCGGUUCAGGGGUGCUCUGCCUGAUCUGUUCAGGGAGGGCCAUUCAGUGGUGGCGGAGGGCUUCCUGCGCCCCCUGAGCGAAGCCAACACCGCUGCCUUCACUGGCAGCAGCAUCGCCAGUGCCAGCAGCAGCAGUGGAUUUUCUGGGAGAGGGGCGACUGUAUUAGGGGUUGCAGAGGCGGAGGGUGCUGUAGUGGAGAGGGGGAUUGGGGAGGGGGGAGCGAGAGGGGAGGGUGGGGGUGUGGGGGAGAAGGGGGUGGGGGAGUGGGAGGAGGGGGAGGAUGUGAGUGCGAGUGCGCGGAGUGUGGGGUACUUCUUUGCUGCGACUGAAGUGCUGGCAAAGCAUGAUGAGAAAUACAUGCCCAAGGAGGUGGCAGCAGCUCUGGAGAAGAACAGAGCAGCAAUUGAGGCAGCAGGGGAAGGUGACGACACGAGUGAUGGGGAGGGGGAAGGGAAGGACGACGGGGAAAGAAGUGUGGGGGAGGCACAAAAAGGAAACAAGUCAUCGGUUGGAAGUGGUGGUGGUGCUGCUGGUACUGCUGCGCUUGGGAUGGGGGAUGGUGCGAAGAAGCCUGGGAAGCUGAGCAAGCUUGGACAAUCACCUAGUGUUGCUCAGGGAUAUGACAUUCCUUCCUAA